CAGCAUUGUCCAACAUUGUUGCAACAGCAAUGCUGGGCGAUGUUGGAAAGGCUGAACGGGCCUUAACUAUAGCUGGUUUGAGAGACAAACAUAUAAUUUUUACGCUGAAAGAUCUCAACUCACCCUUGGAGCUGAAUCUAGCCACUUCACCACUUGAUUUAACACGCCGUCACUGUCUCUGUCAGUACAAUGUUCUCCCUAAAAAUAAUCCAGAAUAUUAA